AUGAAGCAGUCACCCUCCAAGCCGUCUCCGAUAGCCAUUAUAGGCGGCGGGCCCUGUGGCCUAACACUCGCACGCCUCCUCGAGCGAGCAGGAAUCGACUACACCGUCUUCGAGCGCGACAAAACUCCAGACACGACGACCCGUUUCCAAGGUGGGACGCUAGACCUCACAGUGGAAGGCGGACAAGCAGCCCUCAAACUCGCUGGUCUAUCGGCCGACUUUGAGAAACUAGCUCGUCGGGAUGCGACGACAAUCCUUAUGCAGGACUCGCAGUGCCAGCAUCGCAUCUCGGCCGGCGAGGAUAAUGAUAGGCCUGAGAUCGAUCGCCUGCAGUUGCGGAAGCUUUUGCUAGAAUCUAUCCCUGAACAUCGGGUGAGAUGGAACAAGGCGCUUGGUAGCAUUGAGCGUGGGAAUAGCAAUGGUGAUGGUCCUGCGUCGGCGGCAGACUGGAUACUCCGAUUCAAUGAUGGGUCAAGUGAGAGCGGGUUUAGACUGAUUGUUGGUUCCGACGGGGCAUGGAGCAAGGUGCGGCAAUUGAUCACACAAGCAAAGCCCCAAUACUCCGGCAAGAUGUUCAUCGAGGGUCGCAUAUCACAGGACAACCCGCAGUACGAUGCCGCGGUCAAGAUGGUCGGCGCCGGGAACUCAAUCGCCAUGGGCGCAGGCCUUGCAUUGUGCAUUCAGCAGAUGUCUGAUCGCUCGUAUCGUGUGUACAUGGGCGUUGAUGCAGCUGAGAAGUUCACACAGCCUGGCGGCGAAGCCGAUGUGACCGACAUGCCCAAGGCCCGGGCAACGAUGAACAAGCUGUACAGCAACUGGUCUCCACAGCUUCGUGAUUUCGUGGCUGAAUCUGAGGGACCCUGGCGUCCUUGGCCUCUUUAUCGACUGGAUCAGGACCUCUUCUUGCCCGGUGCGUUGAGAGAGGAUGGGGAGAUGGGAGAGAAAUUCUGGACACGCACGCCGGGAGUCGUGGUGUUGGGUGAUGCGGCGCAUGUUACUACUCCAAAUGGGGAGGGCGUAAAUCAUGCGAUGAUGGAUGCCAUGGUGCUCUUCGAGCAUAUCACUGGCGAAUUGGCUGGGAAGAAUGAUGAGUAUGAUGUGCGUGAUGAUGCUGCUGCGUUGGAACGCGCCAUUGUUGCAUAUGAGGCCCACAUGCGUCCUCGGGCGCAUGAGAGUAUUCUGGAUAGUAUUAAUUUUGAGGAUGUGAUGUAUAAGGAAGAUGGUGUGCUGCGAGUGAUGAAGAUGUUUGGCCAAGAACAUGAUUAG